CUACAGGUAGGUAUAUAAGACAAUAACAUAUUUGACAUCAAUAUUGUAAAUCAAUAUAUUUUUUAAAAUUAUAACAUACUCAAGUUAAAAAUUAAAACAUACACUAGCAAGAAGAUGGCAGUCAAAGUUAUUAUUGUGACGUUUUUUGUAUUUGCUACGGUUGUAUAUGCUUUUCCACCCGCAUUAAUAGCUAACGGAAAAUUAAAAAAUACCUAUGGUCCAGAUAUAACAGAUGGAAAUUGUGCAAGCACACCAGAUCAGGAUUUAGUUUUCACUGAUCACGUUCAUAAAACUAAGAUUCCGUUCUUUAAAAGAAGUGCCACAUCGACGUAUUAUGGUGAUAAGACAAUAUACUGCAUCAGAGCUAUCAAUCAAAAAUCGGCAGACAGAGGUGGCAAUGCCAAUGUCACUGAAGGCGGAGUUGGACAUAGUUUUGCCACAAUUGAAAUGGAAUCCUACGUAGAUCAUGGAAUCGAAUUUAUUAUUAAUAUUUACGGAAAAUAAAUAAUAUUAAUGUUCUUGUAUCGAAUAUUUAAUAAAGUAGGUAUAAGUUUUUUUUAUAAUUUUGACAUUUAAAGUGACAUUUUUGAUAAUUUUUUGACGAUGUUGAAGAUGUUUCAUUUCACAACCUAAAUAGUUACGAAAUAUUAUUUUUUGCAACUGGUGAUGAAAUAAAUCAUUCGUCACUGAUUAAUCGUCAAGUUGAUUAAAGAAAAAUUAUUUAAAAAGUUUCCAGACAAUUUAUCUAUUCUAGACAAGUAAUCCUUAAAAUGCCGAUUUAAUGUAUUUACUAAAUAUUUACAGAAAAUAACGAUUAAAACAUAUAAAAGUAAACUA